AGUGGUCAGACGUAGUAACUGCACCCACCCAUACACGCCACAGAGAACAGUCGAGCCAGUGCGACUGCGCGGCGCAUACGCUGCUUUCUACGAAGUUUCGGGAUAUUUGCUUUCAACGCAAAAUACUAAUUGCAUUUGGACUGCUUUGAGACCACUCACCCCCAUAGCAGGAGAGAGUGGAAUUUGAAGAAAAAAUGUCGGAGUCUACGCUCUACCUCAACCAAGAAAACGCAGUGCGCUUCAAAAAGAGGAAAGCACGUUUCACCUUCAGUGAAGUGCACAUACUGCUGGAUGAAGUACGGAAAAAUCGCAAAAUUGUUGUGGGUAAGUUUAAUGGAGGCGUUGCAUCUGAUGUCAAGAGGAGGAAGUGGGCAGAAAUCACAGCACGUGUUAAUGAGAUCGGAGAGUGCGACAGAGAGAUCAUGGAGGUGAUUAAGAAAUGGUCGGACCUUAAAUGCGACACGAAGCGUAAAGUGGCCGCCCUGCAUAGCGGUGGUGUUCUCUCUCAACGGUUGUCCCGUAGCAAUAUCGAACUGUCUCCUGUAGAAGUCAUAGUGGAAUCGAUUCUCGAAUUAGACAAGAGACCAUGGGAAGCUACUCAAAGAUCCAGAUCUCGCGGUUACAGUGAUGAGCAGGAGGUUGGGGGUGAAGAGGAGGAGGAGGAAGACGGGGCGUUUAUGGGGAUGGGGUCAGUACAGAGUUCACCGGGCGGAGGUAUGGAUAUGGGAGGAAUGUCUGGUGCAAUAAGCGGAGCUCCUGAGAUUCAGUACGAUGGCACCAAAACUGGAGGUCCCGAAUCCAACUUGGUUGAUUCAGACGAAGAUAACCGUGACCUUCUUCCAUCAUCCUCUAUGGCAUCUGUCAAUAACUCUUACUUGGAGAGAGAUGGAGGUGCAACAAGAGGAAACACUGGACUUGUCUCCUCCACAGCCAUUGCACCUACUAAAACAGCCUCUUGUAUCUCAGGGGCGGAGUCAAACAGUUCUCGUGAGCAGUUGGCACAGAACGCGAGCCUAAGUGUGCAAGAGCAGCACGCCACCAAUGAACUUCUGUCCACGGUAUCCCGUUCACUAGAGAUCCUUGCAGAGUCAAUGCAGCAGCUAGCCGAAACACAGCAGGAGUUUGCGCGCGAAUCGCUGCAGCUGCAGAGAGAAACGGUGCAGGUGUUACAAGACUUUGCCUCUGGCGCAUUAACGAUACUCCAAGAGAAAGUCAAUGGAAAACCGACAUUAUAAAAGUUGUAUUUAGCAUCACAACAAUACCCUUUUUGUCCUGAUGAUGACCAACUAACAUCACAGUGUUCGGUUUAGUUUGCUGAUGGUCAGCAGUUAUUUCUUACAGCUUCUUCCUGAAAUGCUUGUAACGGUUUCGUCGGAUAAAAGGAAGUUACAUUUAUAAUAAGCCAAAAAACAUUUGUAUCAUGUCUCUGUUUAGUAGUAUGAAGAAAUUUAGGGUUUUUUAGCGAAAAAUUAAAAAUGGAACUUUAAAUAGAUUUCAGAGCUGUUGAAAAUGGUAAUAUUUUAUGACUAGUAAUGUGAUCUUCCACAACAAAACAUAAUAAUUAUUUCAGGUUGUUGAGACUUUUAUGUGAAAAUUCACAUUAUAAGGAUUGACUUGACAUGUUUUAUGCAACACAAUCCAUUGGUUUACUUUGUAGCUAUUACAAAGUCCAUCUAAUAAUAAUAAUAAUAAAUCAGGUAUUGUGUUUGUAAUCUUGUGAUAAUAUGAUGAUGAUCUAACACUUCUGCAGUUUUGAAAAAAGUAGAUGUAUUGUUUGUAGCAAGUUUAUCCUCUUACUGCUAAUGUAAAAUAAAAUACAUUUCCCUGAGACAUUUACACAC